ACGAAUACUAGACCCUGGAGAAAAAAAAGUAGCAAUGGCUGCCGGUUUUGUGCCGGCUGCCAAAAAAAGCGAAUCUCAGGACCGAGUUACAGACUCCAAUUCUGACAAAACAAGCAGCAUAAUCAAUGAUUCAAUAUCCUUUUUAUUUAUAUACAACAAAUAAAUCAUCAUCACCGCCAUAUCCUCGUUACCCGCCUUGAGAAGCGUACCUGGCCCAUCCCUCUCAACCAUUUUGUUCCUAGCCCCGAGAACCAAAUUGAAAGUGCAUCACUUUGACCCAGCAAGAGAAACUUUCGUCCUUCGCUUAGAGGACAAACGAAACAUAACUGCCAUGGAUUCCACCACAGCUCAGCGUCGUCUCAAAGCCAUUCACGGCCACCUGGUUGCUGACGGCGAGUCUCACCCCCAGCUCCGUCCCAAUCCCACCGCUACAGAGUUCGUUAUGGAGCAGGGUUACAGUGUCGUGCUCCCCGAGAAAUUGCAGUCAGGGAAGUGGAAUGUAUACAGAUCUGUACGUUCUCCUUUGAAGCUUGUGAGUAGAUUCCAUGAUCAUCCUGAAAUUGGCACACUUCAUGAUAAUUUUGCGCGCUCAGUUGACACUUUCCGAGAUUACAAAUAUCUGGGAACACGGAUUCGGGUUGACGGCACGAUUGGAGAGUACAAAUGGAUGACAUAUGGAGAAGCAGGUACUGCUCGGUCCGCUAUAGGUUCUGGCCUAAUUUUUCAUGGGAUACCAAAGGGGUCUUGCAUUGGGUUGUACUUCAUCAACAGACCUGAAUGGCUUAUUGUUGAUCAUGCUUGCUCUGCAUAUUCUUUCAUAUCGGUUCCUUUAUAUGACACUCUUGGUCCCGAUGCAGUCAAGUACAUUGUAAAUCAUGCUGCUCUACAAGUUAUAUUUUGUGUGCCUCAAAUCUUAAAUACUUUGUUGAGCUUUUUGUUAGAUAUUCCAACAGUUCGCCUAAUUGUGGUCGUUGGAGGGAUAGAUGAUCAAAUUCCGAAGCUUCCAUCAUCAACAGGAGUAGAGGUUGUGACAUAUUCAAAACUUCUUAGUCAGGGCCGCAGUAAUCUUCAGCCUUUUUGCUCUCCAAAACCUGAUGAUGUUGCUACCAUUUGCUACACAAGUGGUACAACUGGGACACCAAAGGGAGCUGUUUUGACGCAUGGAAACUUGAUUGCAAAUGUUGCCGGGACCUCCCUUUGUGCCAAAUUCUUCCCAUCAGAUGUUUACAUAUCAUAUCUUCCUUUGGCACACAUAUAUGAACGAGUAACCAUGGUCUCGAUGACAUAUCAAGGAGUUGCUGUUGGAUUCUAUCAGGGGGAUAAUAUGAAAUUAAUGGAUGAUAUGGCUGCUCUAAGACCAACUAUCUUCUGCAGUGUCCCUAGGCUGUAUAACAGAAUAUAUGCUGGCAUUACAAAUGCUGUAAAGACAUCCAGUGGGCUACGACAGAGGCUAUUUAAUGCUGCAUACAAUGCUAAGAAGCAAGCAAUAUUGAGUGGAAAGAACCCUUCUCCCAUGUGGGACAAGUUGGUAUUCAAUAAGAUAAGGGAAAAGCUGGGAGGACGAGUUCGUUUUAUGGUAUCAGGUGCCUCACCCUUGUCUCCUGAUAUCAUGGAAUUUUUAAAGAUCUGCUUUGGUGGUCAAGUAACUGAAGGAUAUGGCAUGACUGAAACUUCUUGUGUCAUAAGUGCCAUUGAGGAGGGUGACAGUCUAUCUGGCCAUGUUGGCGCCCCUAAUCCGGCCUGUGAACUAAAGCUUGUGGAUGUCCCAGAAAUGAACUACACAUCUGACGAUAAGCCGCAUCCCCGUGGUGAAAUCUGCGUUAGGGGUCCUAUUGUUUUCCAAUGUUAUUACAAAGAUGAAGUGCAGACGAAAGAAGUGAUUGAUGAAGAUGGGUGGCUUCAUACUGGAGACAUAGGGCUGUGGUUACCUGGUGGUCGUUUAAAAAUUAUUGAUAGGAAGAAAAACAUUUUCAAGUUGGCACAAGGAGAGUACAUUGCUCCAGAGAAAAUUGAGAAUGUAUAUGCAAAGUGCAAAUUCAUUUCCCAGUGCUUUGUAUAUGGUGAUAGCCUGAAUUCUUCUUUGGUAGCUGUUGUCUGUGUGGACCAAGAUGUUUUGAAAGCAUGGGCUGCUUCUGAAGGCAUUAAGUAUCAAGAUCUUGGAGAACUUUGCAAUGAUCCAAGAACAAGGGCUUCCAUCUUGGCUGACAUGGAUGCUGUUGGGAGAGAAGCUCAGCUGAUAGGUUUUGAAUUUGUAAAAGCUGUGACUUUGGUGCUUGAACCGUUCACCGAGGAGAACGGCCUGCUUACUCCGACAUUUAAGAUCAAGAGACCCCAAGCGAAGGAAUACUUUGGAAAAGCAAUAUCUAACAUGUACGCGGAGCUCUCUACCUCAGACCCCUCCCAGAAACCAUUGUGAAGUUGAACUUGUAAGAAGCAGAGAACUAAGAACAAGCCAAAGUAUUUAUGAUGCGCACACAUCCUCGAACGGCAAAAUUAUUCUUAGUGGUGACUGCUGGCUUUGUUGGACCUGUCGUCAUCAUCUGCAAAGCAUCCUGCAUCAUAAUUUUCUCUCAAAAUAAAAUGAUUUAACUAGACAUCUACAACCUUUACUGUUAUCUAAAUGAACUAAUUUAUUUCUGCACU